CCCCCCCCGCCCCCACAGUUGGUAGAGUCCGGGACGGAGCAUCAUGGCGAUUGACGGAGGGGGGAGGAACUGUGGUGUUCAUGAGCUCAUCUGUGCCAGACGAGUCUCUCCUGAGCUUCUGGGUGUCCUGUCUUCCAUUGCAGCCUUCAUGGCGUUGAUAGCUCUGUUUUUUCUUUACCUCAGCAACAAGCUGUCAGUGGAGAGUCCUGCCGAUCUGUCACAUCUCAGUGGCUAUGAGAACAACCAGCCAGAGGGAGUUUUAUCAGGCAGCGAGGAGGACAAAGGGCCCGAGGCCGUGGCCCAGCAGAACCCAACUUCUGCGUGGAGAAACAAACGCAAACAGUCCACUGAUCAGGGAGGCUACAGCAGCGAAGCCUCCAGCGAACAGGCCAGCAGCAUCCAGAGAAUAAAGAAGAAUUCCUCCCUCAGUGAUCCCCAGCCUCCCCCGUACCAGGACGAGGGCUCGGCACCGCGCGUGUCCUCUCGUUCCCGCUCGGAGCGAGGGGUCCGGAGGGGGUCGUCCCCCCAGCACUGCGACAGCCCCCGCUGCUCCAGUGAGGCCAGUGUGGACCAGGACACUGAGAGCUACCUCAACAAGGGCUGUGGGGAGGACAUUCCCAGUGACAGCACCGCUGUGCUGGGACCAGAGGACGGCUCUGGUUCUCAGCUCCCUACAGCCUAUGAGCCAGAGCCAUUUGCCAAAUACGGCACGCUGGACGUCGCUUUCGAGUACGACUCCGGUGAGCAGUGGUUGGCCGUCACAGUCACCGCGGCGACAGACAUCCCUGCUCUCAAACAGACGGGCAACAUUGCGUGGCAGGUCCACCUGGUCCUGCUGCCCACCAAGAAGCAACGGGCCAAGACGGGCGUGCAGAAGGGUCCGUGUCCAGUCUUCACGGAAACAUUCAAGUUUUCCAGGGUGGAACAGGAGGCCCUGGGGGACUACGCUGUUCGCUUCCGCCUGUACAGCAUCAGGCGGAUGAAAAAGGAGAAGGUCCUGGGAGAGAAGGUGUUCUACCUGACUAAGCUCAACCUGCAGGGCAAGAUCGCUCUACCUGUCACCCUGGAGCAGGGCUCUGAACUUACAGGUUGCGGCUCUGUAGUGAGCGUGUCUCGCAGUGCAGGAGCUCUGUCCUAUCGCUCUACUGAAGACUCGUCCUUGCCAGAGAUCCUCCUGGGUCUCCUCUACAACUCUGCCACGGGACAGUUAUCUGCUGAGGUCAUCCAGGGAAGCCACUUCAAAACCACAGCGUCUGAUAAACCCGUCAAUGGUCUGUUCUGUUGUAUAAAACACUUCGUAGGGGGGCAGCUUUAUAUCAUGAGAGACACCUACGUGAAGCUGACCAUGCUGGACUCCAAGGGGAAAGAGAUGUCCAAGUGUAAGACGGCUGUGUGCCGCGGCCAGCCCAACCCCACCUACAAGGAGACGUUUUUGUUCCAGGUGGCGCUCUUCCAGCUGUCCGAGGUGUCCCUGGUGUUGUCGGUGUUCUGCCGCCGGAGCAGCAUGAGGCCCAGGGAGAGGCUGGGCUGGGUCUCCCUGGGCCUCAACAGCACCGGCGAGGAGCAGCAGGCCCACUGGACAGAGAUGAAAGAGGCGGAGGGACAGCAGGUCUGCCACUGGCACACACUUACCGACACAUAGGAGGGCGAUUUAUGCAGAGUGACAUUAACAACAUUCCCUGGCUGGUCAGAGUUUUGGGGGAGCAGGAAGCACCUUGUGAGAUGUGAGAUGUGUGUGUGUGUGUGUGUGUGUGUGUGUGUCGCAUACAGGUGUGAGGGCAGGCAUGGGUUUCCUGCCAGAGACUGCAUGAAUACCCUUUAAUCUGCCACUUCUCUCGGAGGGCGACAGACUGACUUUAUUGGUGGAGGUGUAAGCUCCAGCACCAGCCUUUUUAAUGACAGAAAAAGGCAGUGGCAGACUGAAAAAUUAAUGACAUUAUAAUUACCGAACUAACCAAGAACGCAAGGAGGUUUUCCAGUAAUUCCGCCUAGCGCACGAUAUGCAUGUACACUGACUGUUUACAGGACAGUGUUUUCUGUUUUUGAAUCUUGGACCAAAGAGCUCGGUCCAUGACUAGCGGACUCCUCCCUGUCUCUCCUGGGCUUCUCUGGGCUUCAGCUGCCACCAGCAUACCAGACAUUUCUCUAUCAGUCAUAGCCAUUGACAAAAGAGAAGGCAAUGAAAAGACUGUUACAAAGGGCCUACGACAUGCUGCAACUAUGCUUACAAGCUAUGCUUUGUACAGUUUGUUUACAUGCACAUGACAUUAUGCAAGAUCCAUUCAUAGGUUUCCCCUUUUUAUGUUUUUUGGAUUAUCAGUCAAAUGGUUUACCAGAUUUAUGGGUGUCUCUCUGGGGUAUGUAAGAUAGCUUUUUUUUUUUUUUUUUCUUUUUCAAAUGUGGUCUUGCAUAACUCGGUACACUAUGCAUCUGACGCCACUAUAAACGAGAGGAAGGAAAUUCUGUCUUGCGCUCGCUGAGUCUCUUACAGAAUUGGACACAGCUCUGCAUGCCAAUGGUAUCAAAGAACAGCUUCCUUUCCUGUGUAAUACAGAUUGAGCCUGUUUCACCAUUCAGCCUUCUGACAACUCAGCCAUGUUCAUUCAUGCAGAAACACGGUGCUUCCCGCUGAGGAGGAAUAUGCAAAAGCCUGCGCGGCCCAAUAAUCCUGGCUGUUUCCAUGAAGCAGAGAGAGCAGUGUAGACUGUGAAGUGAGUUGGAAUGGCAAAAUGAAAUUGCAGUAUAUAUA